UUUGCAAAAAGAAAGGUCACGUAAAGCGUAAUUGCUACAGAUUAAAUAAUCGUAAAUCGGUCAACUUUGUAGAAGAAGCGCCGGUAGAAAUAGAUAGCUAUGAUUUUAAAAGGUUACAGAUAAAAGAUUCGGAGGAAGAAGAUGAUUAUCCAUGUAUGAUGAUAGCGAGCAGUCGUUUCAGCAAACCGUGUCUUGUAGAGGUACAAGUAGAAGGAAUUAAUCUGAAUAUGGAAAUAGACUGUGGUGCAGCAGUCACGGUUAUCAGCUUGGAGACCUACAGAAAGUAUUUUAAAAACAUCGAAGCUACAAUUUGCAGCAGCCGCUUAGUUGUCGUGAAUGGGCAACAGCUGAAAAUCUUUGGCGAUGUUUUUGCGAACAAUGUUCAGCAUCAAGUAACUUUGAUAAUACUUGAUUGCUCGAGGAGUUUUGUUCCGUUGUUCGGCAGAAAUUGGCUGGAUGCUUUUUAUCCUAGUUGGAGGAGUACAUUUGGAAAUGUGAUCAGUAUCAACACAUUAAAAAAAACUGAACGAAAUUUGGAGCAAAAGCAUGCAUUGGGGUUUGAAGCUGACCUUGUGCUUAGAGAGGAAAGGCCAAUAUUUCGUAAAGCAUAUGAUGUGCCAUUCAAAUUACGGGAAAAAGUUAUUGAACAUCUGGAUUCUUUAGAGAAGCAAAAUGUGAUUUCCCCAAUUCAGGCACAAUUGUAACGCUCAUCGGAAUCAGCUAAGGAUUGUCGACACCCGGCCGAGUAGUACGACUUUCUCGGAUUUCCGGAUGUACCAAUAAAUACCGAUUUUGGAAGCAGAGGAUUAAAACAAGCGAGACGUAGCCCCAUUGCAACGCGAAGCUUUACGCGGUCGAAGAAAAAUGCUGAAUCAACUAUGGAAGGCCAGUAGCAAGAUCAGUAGCAUU